AGAAAGAAAGACAUAAAUUAAGUCCAAUGGGCUUAAAUGGGCUGUAAAUAACUUUCAAGGCCCAAUAAAAAAAGAGAUAUAAUGACGUGGAAGCUUUUGAAACAGCUCAAGAUCACUAGUUACUUCUAGAAUUGUUUCUCUGGAACUUUCUAGCUCACUGGUGUCUUCUCACUAUAUAACAAUGGAGCGACAAAUUUCAAAACGUAUCAAAUCGAAGAAGAAGAUUCAAUUAGGAAGUGUUAUCGUAAUUCCCAGUUAUUGAUCGGAGAAGAUGAGUGCUGUUGCGAUUAACCACUUGUUUGGAUUACCGGAGACGAUCGAGAAGCUAAUUCUCCCGAUUUCCCGUUCCGGCGAAGGUAAUAACGAGAGUCGUGGAGGAGGAGGAAGUAACAACAAUAUCCCAAUCGACAUUUUGGAAUCUUCCAAAGAAUACAUAUUUUAUCUCGAUAUCCCCGGAAUCUCCAAAUCCGAUAUCCAGGUUACUGUGGAGGAGGAGAGGACUUUGGUGAUAAAGAGUAAUGGGAAGAGAAAGAGAGAUGAUGAUAAUGAGAGUGAAGAAGGAUCUAAGUACAUUAGACUUGAGAGGAGACUUGCUCAGAAUCUGGUUAAGAAGUUCCGAUUACCGGAAGAUGCUGACGUGGCUGCUGUUACGGCCAAAUAUCAAGAAGGGGUUUUGUCAGUUGUUGUCAAGAAGUUACCGCCUCAGCCGCCGAAACCUAAGACUGUUCAAAUCGCUGUUUCUUGAUGGGCAGUUUCUGUUUUUUUUUUUUUUCCCCUUGUGUGUGUGUUCUCUAGUUUGUUGGAUCAACUAAUGAAUGAAUAACAGUAUAUAUGUUUAAUGCAAAUAAAAUCUGAGAAGAAAAGCUGGCUCAAUAA